AUGGCAAGUCGUACUGUGGAGGACCUCCGAGCUCGCAUGUUUCACGCUCUUUGUGUCUACAAAAGACCGAAAUUCCUCACAUUAGGCAGAGAGUUGUGUCGCUUGUUUCUACGUAACUUGCCAUGUUGUUCCAGCAUGCCUAAGAUAAUCGAUUUGGACGAGGAGACAGGAAAUAAACUUAUCGAUCCGGACAUGGACGAAGCCUACAAGACUCCAAUCGGCUCGAAGUUCAAGCCUUACCUUAAGGACAGACCUGGAGGUCGCCUCUAUCCUGAAUCUCUCCUCUAUCCAGAACAAGCGAAUCAUUAUACUGUCGAUUUGAUGAUUGAAUCUCUCUUGGAACCAAUUCCAUCAGGCCGGCUUUUACAUAUCCUAGAGGUGGAUCAGGACUUCCAAAUUGAGGGUAAUCAGCCCUAUAAGAAACGAGGUUACAUUCCACCACCUAUUGCACUUUGGGCAAAUGAAGAAACAUUCAACAGCCUGCUGGUGCAUCCAAAAAUGUUCUUCAACCACUCACCAAUUUACGUCUCGACGGCUUUGGACCGCCUCUACUGUAGCAUAAUGAAUCCGGAAGGUGUGUACAAAAUCCACAUCAACACAUGGGACAAAAUGCCACAGGCUGUUAAGGGUGUGGAGAGGAAGCUCACUCGUGAAGACAAGGAACGCUAUUGUCGUGUUCGAAAGCUCAAAUAA